AUGGCCGACCACGAGUCGCGUUCCGAAUCACCCUUGAGUGACAUUGGCUCUGAUGCUUUCACGGAGGACAAAUUUCAUCGAUCAAGAUCUCCCUCCAACGUUUCCGAGAUGUCAGACGUAUCGGAUGGCACGGCGACCCCGUCGACUUCUACACCUGUCAACAUGGACGCCAGACCACUCAAACGACGACGAGUAGGCGACUACGACCAUCCUACCCCUCAGUCUACGAAUCGAUUGCGACAAUGGUCGCCGACAAGCUCAAUAUCGAGCGAUACCGACGGUUCGGUGCCCAACUCUCCGUCUUUCGCAAAUUUGGGGCCAACCCAUCCACUCAGUACUGCUUAUGCCGCAGCCCAAGCAAACCCGAACGAUCCAGAAAGCGCGGAUUAUACUCAAGUCACACGAUGCCAAUGGGCAGGUUGUACCGAUCCCGAGCAGGGCAAUAUGGACAACCUAGUCUUCCACAUCACGGAGGUUCACAUUCCAACUAGACAAAAGAAGUAUUUCUGUGAAUGGGAGGGUUGUCAGAGAAAGUCUAUGCCACACACAUCAGCGUAUGCGCUUAAGGCGCACAUGCGCAGUCAUACGAAAGAGAAGCCGUUCAUGUGUCAAGUACCUGAGUGUGAUAGGAGUUUUACUCGAUCAGACGCGCUGGCCAAGCACAUGCGAACAGUUCACGAGACAGAAGCAUUACGACCCAGCGAUCCCGUACCAAGAGGGCAUACUGGAGGAAUAGCUGCUAUUGAUUCGAAGAAUAGCGGGCAUGGCACCAACGGCACUCUUGUAGGCCGAAAGCUCAAGCUCACAUUCAAAGGUAGCAAGUCCACAGCUGCAGAGACUGCGACCUCAGAGCCUAAGGUUGAAGGUGGCCUCCCACCACUACCAACAAGCCCGACACUAGCGCAACUCGACGCAGAUGACAGCCGAGACGAAGCAUUGUCUCGUGCAGUAGACCUAGAUUCUGUGCCCUCCAGAUUGCCGAUCAAUCCAACCUAUUAUCCUCCCGAUAUCUACCACGACAUGGAUGACUUUGAGAGAGAACUUCCUCCCAGUCAAUGGUUCCGGUUAUUGAGACGGCAACUACGUUGGGCUACAGACGAUGGGAAGAACCUAGAGAAGGAACUACGCAGCCUAAAGGCAAAGACGGACGAUCUUCGUGGUAAUCCUGUUACAAAACCUGGUAACGACGAACAAGUUGCGGACGUUAUUAGGAGAGAGGAAUGGGAUGUCGUUGAUAAUCUAUUGGAUCGCGUUGUGGCUGCUGAAUACAAUGCGACGACGCAGAAGCUGCAGCAGACGUCCCCUGCGAAGGAUGCUGCUUCUAGCACGGAGCAGAACGACGAGGACAAGAUCUUCCAGAAGGUACAGUCAUUGCCAUAUUGGAAGAAGCAGAACAAGGUUGUGGACGAUGCCACCACUGUGGCAUUAGCUAACGCAGCUGCUUGA